GCUUUUUCUGCUCUGAUAAAACAAAGAAAAACACUAGUUCUUUAACAACGUUUUUACCAGUUGCACUGAUAAAUAGCUUUUACAUUGAGUUCAGCAGAUCCCCCAGGUAUUUGCUAAUUAAUGCUGGCUAGUCUGAAGGAGUGAAGGAGGAGCUGUGUCUCGAAGGCGGCAUUUACAGUGUGGUUGCUUCUCUGAUCGAUGCUUUCAUUGCUUAACAUGUCAAUUUAUGUGGACACCCAUGUGUUGGUAGUCUAUUUACACUGAGAAUAGAAAACGGCGAUCUAGCUUUUAAAAAACGUAGUUAAUUUGUUAAGUUUAUCCAAGUAAAUAUAAGCUUAAGAAGUUGUCAUGUCAAACAAACGUAAAUAAAUUAAGUUUGGCUUCUUCUGAAGGCAGUUCUCAGCUAUUCGUUUUAUUUAUGGGCAUCAUUCCUUUCACAUUCCAGCUUAAUUUAUAAAACACUCUAAAAACAACACAGUUGACCGAAGUGUUGUACACCACACCCAUAAAUAAAUACUAAGAGUAAAUUCAAUAACAAUAACUGUAAAAAUCGAAACUUCAAGUUCAAAGUCAGUGAGAAAAGAUAAACUUUAAGAGAAGACUUUUUAAAAAAGCUUGAAGAGACUCAGUUUGUCUGAUAUAUAAAGGUAAACCAUUCCACAGUUUUGGGGUAUCAGAGUAAAGGAGGCUGCAUAGAAACACAUGCAUUCGGAAAAAAUGUUAAAAACUGUCUCUCGUGGGAUUUUUCCCUCCCAAGUAUUGGCUGUUUUGUUUUGGUCAUCACACAAAAUCCCAGUAAAAUCCAGCAAAGUUUCUGGACAAUGUGAGAAAAAGUGGGGAAAAAAAGUUGUAGUUACACUCCUAUUUUGUCUUAAAGGAUUAUAUGGCCUCUUUAAUCCCCACUGUGCCCAUUACCCCCCAUCUUGUCAGAGCGCGCGUGGUGAUGAGUGGAUGACAUGCUCUGCGUCAUCCACAACAAGCUCACUCGGUCCCGCGUGGUCCCCAUUCAUUCACUCACUCAGUCUUUCGGCUUCACUGUUCAAGUUUUUCUCCAGUCAGUUUGGACUUUUUGUUCCCCGAAUCCUCCGAAACUAAGCCAGCUUCUGGACUUUUCCCCCCUCAGCAGCUUUUGCUUUUACGCACGAAAGGAGCAUGAGCUUUUCCGAGGGGUGACUUGAUUCCCUUUACAUUUAUAACAUCAGCCCGUAAAAAUGGCAAAACCUGUGGAUCACAUUAAGAGGCCCAUGAACGCCUUCAUGGUUUGGUCCAGAGGGCAGAGGAGGCGGAUGGCCCGGGAGAACCCCAAGAUGCACAACUCUGAAAUCAGCAAGCGGCUGGGCGCGGAGUGGAAGCGGCUCUCUGACCCGGAGAAGCGGCCGUACAUCGACGAGGCGAAGCGGCUGCGGGCUCAGCACAUGAAAGAGCAUCCGGACUACAAGUACCGACCCCGGCGCAAACCCCGGAGCCCCCUGAAGAGGGACCGUUUGGUUUUCCCGCUGCCGUCUUUGCUCGGCGACGCAGCGGAACACCUGAAAGGGGUUAACCUGGACUCUUUGAUCGUUUCCGGGGACAAACCCAGAACUCUGCUCUCUCCCUCUUCCUCCUCCCCCUCUUCAUUCUCGCUCUGUGAGCCUGUCACGCAGUUCAGCACCGGAGCUGUCCAGCGGAUUGCGGAGAUGCCGCACGCGCUGCCCUACGGUGCGCACGCCUUCGGCUACCAGGGCGGAGGGUUCGGGGGGCUGGCGAGCCCCGGACAGCACCCGCCUCCGUCCAGCCCAGCCGGGUACGUGGUUCCCUGCAGCUGCAGCGCCUGGCCCGCAGCCUCCCUGCACCCUCAGGUGGCCUACAUCCUGCUGCCAGGAGGGAUGAGCAAGGACGCCGUGGACUCAUCAUACGCGCCAUCAAACUCCCCCAGCAUGUGACAGACUGGAAAACAAAAAUCUAUCAAAUAUUCCUCUAGAGGAAGAAUCAACAAAUGUGGCUGGAAAAGUGUACAAAGGAGAACGGAGGAGUAAAAUCUUACAACUCCAAGCUUUUGCAGAAACAAAAUAAAACCAACUGAAGGUUUUAUUUAAUGUGUGAGAACAUAUCUGUUUUUUAUUACUUAAAAAUGCACUAAGACAAUGUAAUCACGUUCAUGAUGUUGCUUUAAAACCAAGGGAAGAAAAACACUGUUCUGAACGACUUUCGUAAAUCUGACAUUUUUUUCUGUUUCUCACCUGAACGCGAUGCUUCAUUGUUUGACGAGCGAAUAAAACAGACUCCGUAUAUUGAGAUGAUAUCUGUGGAGCUGAAAAUCUAUGAAUCUGGUGCCAUUUAAAGAGAGUAGCGUUUAAAAUGAACUUUAGUCUAUUUAAAGAGAGAGAGGCUACUUCAUGUAAUAAAACAACACAAAACAGUCAAUGCUCAAAACUGUGAAGAUGAAGAAAACCAUGAACAAUUUUCUCUAUUUAUACUAAUGAAAGUUAUGCAUUUGCGCACAUCCCC